CUCUCUCUCUCUCUAACAUUCUCUCUCUCUCUCUCUCUCUCUCUCUCUCUCUCUUUAUAUUCUCUCUCUCUCUCUGAAAGCUCUCUCUGUCUCUCUCUCUCUGCUUUUUCAGCUCUGUUGAUAGUCGUCGAUUCUCCUUCCAGGAAGAGGUUUUCUGUCAUAGCGUAUUCAUGUCGCAGGAGAAGGGUCGACCUUUGCCAAAGUUUGGUGAAUGGGAUGUAAAUGACCCUGCUUCAGCCGAGGGAUUUACUGUAAUCUUUAACAAGGCUAGGGAUGAGAAAAAAACAGGUGGCAAGCCUGACUCUCCAGGAAAGUCUGAAGUGCCGAUUAAAAGUUCAGUGGAUCCCACAAAGCCUCCAGUUAAGAAAUGGUUUUGCUGCGUGCUGAGCCCUGCUGCAGAACAUUGACAAGAUCUGCCUUCCAUGAAAGCCUCAAUGCCAGGGACAUUUAUCUUGUCCAGGCCCCAGGGGUUUCUCCCUUGAGAUGGAGAAGUUUGGAUAGUUGUCGAAGCCGUAAUAUGUCUUUUCUGGAAUUGUUUGUUGUGCUGUAAUACCCAAAGCUGUGGGGAAAAACAAAUCAUACCCUUUUACUGUAAUCUAUAUGGCUCAUUUUGGCGGUGAUUAUGAUUCUUAUUAGGGGACAAAAGUCUAUGAUUCUUCCUUUAUUUGCCCUUGUGCUGUUUUGGGGUAUAGGAUCUCCUUUUCUUGUAAAAUUUGCUUUCCCUUUCCAUUGUAUCCGCGAACCUACUUUGCUUGUGAAAUUUGUUACUUAAUUCUC